AAUACUUUGCAAGAUUCUGGUUUCGGGUGCCUGGCCUUUGCCUUUGGUGGAUCGUUUGGAAUUUAUAUUACGAAACUGUAGUAAUGUCGUGUACUUGAGGUACACAGCAGCUAGAUCAGUAUCUUCGCGUCGUCGCAUAAUGGAGGAGUCGGUAGUAUCGCGCAGGCUGGAGUACGAGGAGAAACUCGAGCGGGACAGGCAAAACCUGCAGAACAUCAAGGAUGCUAUGGCUAAGAGUGCAGCGCUCAGCACCAACAUGGCAUCCAUUUUGAACUCAUUCGAGGAUCGUCUCCUGCGCCUUGAAAACAGCGUUCAGCCGGUUUAUCGUCGCACUCAGACUUUGACCAGGCUCCAGGACAAUGUAGCCAUCACCCUCCGUGAGCUGGGCAGCAUCGUUGAGUACCAUCAUGUUGCCGAUGAAGUUGACCAGCCUAUUCGUGAUGGGCCUAUCGUUGGCGACAUUGAGUCCUAUCUGAAGCUAAUGGAUCGUGUGGACAAGGCCAAGAGCUUCUUUCAAGAAAACAAUCCCGGGAGCAUGGAACUAGCAAACUCUGCGGAGACGUUCAAGAUCGGCGUAGAGAAGCUGCUCAAGGAAUUCCGUACGAUUCUACAGCAGAACGGAAAAACUGUCCCGGUGAAACUGAUGAUGGAUAUGGCAGCUGGUAAUGCUGAUGAUGAAAUUAUUGUGGAACAUCUGCCAGGUCGGAUCCAGGACACGCUGACAAAGAUUGCGAACUGGCUGGUGAACUCUGCAUUUAACACAGAGUUUCUUGCCGUAUACUUCCAGUCAAGAUCUACGCUGCUAAACCGCUCUAUGACGGCACUCCGAGAAGCUGUUCGGCAUGGCGGUGUAAAUCUUCCCACCAAGAAGCCAGCAUCAGCCAAAGACACACCACAGCGCCGUCCCGCCACCAACCUCUUUCGGAGAGAGCAGACUCAGCGGCCUCGCCGAAUGUCGCUCAGAGACAAGACGCACACGCCUACAGCAGCAUCUCGCAGUGCACAGGUACCACUCGAGGAGAGCUAUGUUGUGCCAACCGUCUUGGGAAAGGACUGGGGAAGCGUGGAAGGCACCUACGCCUUUGUGACUAGCUGCUCUGUUUUCUACCAGCUGUUGGUGAGCGAACGUCAACUGAUGCAGGCCAUCAUACCACCCCAGCACCAUAAAACCUGUUUUCAGCAAUUGCUCUCCACGCCGCUGGAUUUCUUCAUAGCGGAGGGAGAGAAUCUCAACAGUGCUGUGAAGAGAGUACUAUCCAGGAACGAUUACCAGGCGGUUCUGUCGGGUCUGAAGAUCCUUCAGCAUCUACAGCAACUCCUUCCUCAGUAUCAAGACUUGAUGAAGGGCUUGCAGGGAGAUCCAGCUAGUCGCAUCUCUGUACUCACAUCAUUGUUUGAGAACACGUGCCAUAAAUCUCUUAUGGAAUUCUGUGAUUACGUCAAGGCUGAUCCAGACAAGGUCUCUAACAUGCCCAAAGAUGGCACAGUGCAUGAGCUUACCAGCAGUACGAUAUCUUUCCUUCAACAAUGCAUGGAGCUCAAGGAUGUCAUCGGCAAGCUUCUUCUUCCUCAUGACGCAGCAGCGCAGGCAAGUCGAACAUGCGCACCAUCCCGCAAGGCUCUUGGCUCUUACUUCAACAAGGUACUGCAUGUCCUGACACAGAACCUGGAACACAAAUCAAAUUGCUACGAAAAUCCGGCACUGCAGACCAUCUUCCGUCUCAACAAUUUCCACUUCAUACACAAGUCUUUGACAAAGUCAACGGAUGUCUUGCUGGUGCUGGAGGAGAACACACCGGAUAUUGAGGACAACUACAAUGAUAUGGUUGGCAGGGAAAGAAUGAAGUACCAGAAAGUGUGGAGCAAAGCGUUAAAUUGUCUUAUGGUGUCCGAUCAGUUACCGAAGGAGACAAUGAGCAAAAGUGAGCGGGAAGGCGUGAAGGAGAAGUUCAAGGGAUUCAACACGGAGGUGGAUGACCUUUUCCGCAUUCAGCGCUCCUAUGCGAUUCCUGACGAAAGUCUCCGUGAAAGUGUUCGGCAGGAGAACAUUGAGUUGAUAGUCCCGUUCUACCGCACUCUCCUAGAAAGGUAUGGAAAUCUUCCAUUCACUAAGAACCCUAGCAAGUAUAUUCGCCAUCAGGUCACCGAUGUGGAAAGGAUCCUGCGCAGCUUCUUCGAUGCCUCUGCCUAAUACUAUUAGUGAGACUGCAGUAAUCAUGAAAAUAUUUGUACAUAAUAUUUUGUCCGGUUGAGUGCACAUGAAAGUUAUACACGUGUGGUCUAAAGAAGGCCUCUGCCUAGUUCAAUGUUCUAUUUACAAGCGGAAUCAGCUCUUUUCAGUAAAAUACAACCCAGUGCACAUACUAAUCUGUGUUGUUGAUUUUGACGUCAUGCCCAGCGGUGGCAUUGCUUGUGCUACCUGUGAGUGUCCCAUGCACUGAUCAUCGCCACCUCACCACAAUACUCCUGCUCAGUAGUCCAAGGAGUAGCACCAUUCUUAAGUACAAUGUAUCUCAACAUACUCUUCCGCAAUGCUGUUUUAGAUGGAUAAGCUGGUCUCUUCCCGGGUUUUCACUCCUUUUUUUAACCCAUUCUUCAAUGAUUCCUACCUGAACGCUCAUUAUCGCACACACUUUCAGGACCUAACCCCCCAUGUAAUGUAUCCGGUACGACCGGGUGCCAGGCCAUACUAAAUCAGGUCUAUUUGCUGCCUUCAACACAGUUCUUUUUUCUUCCUCUUUUCAAUAAAACCUUUUUUCACUUGUCUCAUUA